GAAAAUAAAAGGAAAUUAAUGAAAAGAAGAAAGUUGGAAUCACUGGAGAUCAAACAAAUUGCAAAGUGUGACAUUAAUUUUUUUUUUUUUGUUUUUUAAGUAAAGAAAGAAAAUGUGAUUCCCUUCCAAAUCUUAUUUUCGAUAUUGUUCUUCCCUCUCUACCAUUCUUUCAUUUUUUUAACCAAUUUUGGCUCAUCCUCUUGGUCUCGUCUUUCUCUAAAAGUCAGAAAAAUUGCAGCAAACAGAUUUCGACGGCCGCGUUUAAUUAACUAUUAUUUAAUACUAUUAAUUUUACCGUCUUCUACAUUUAUUGGACUUCACGUAAUAAAAGUGUCUCUACAACCAUACACCUUACCACAUUGGUUAGUGAGUUUGAAUAACAAUAAUGAAAAUCCAGUGCGACGUGUGCAGCAAAGACGAGGCGAUGCUUUUUUGCACCGCCGACGACGCCGCCCUCUGCUCCUCUUGCGACCACCGUCUCCACCACCAACAACAACCCGAUCUCCUCUCCUCUAAUCACCAUCGUUUCCCUCUCCUCUACCCUAACAACAACAACAACAACCAUUUUCCUCUUUGCGAUAUCUGUCAGGAAAGAAGAGCGUUCUUGUUCUGUCAGGAAGACAGGGCGAUUCUGUGCAAGGACUGUGAUGUUGCAAUCCAUUGGGCGAAUCAAGUUACUCGGAAUCACCAACGCUUUCUUCUUACUGGUGUUAAGCUUUCAUCAGCUGCUGCUUUUUCAUUAUCUUCUUUACCUAAUUCCAAUUCGCACCUUGUAGGGGCUAAUAAUGUUUCUUCUACUCCUGUCUCCCAUUCGCCUUCCGUUGCUGAGAGUUCUACGGCCACUGCCUCCGCCGCCCACGGUUGCGGGUCAAUGAACGGUGUGGCGGAGUAUUUGAUUGAGCCGCUUCCCGAAUGGCAUUUUGAAGAAUUUCUUGACUCUUCUUCUACCACUACUACUAAUGCUCCUCCUCCUCAUCCUCUUGCUUUCUCUAAGUGGAAUUAGAAAUAACCACAGAUUCUCUCUCGCUGGAACAUUGGAGGAUUUCAACUUCUGUGGAUGUCCUUCCUCUCUGUUCUUUACUAAUAAGGUAUGAGGUCGAGAUGGAGAAGAGGAACGAAUGUAGCAGCGAUAGCGAUAGCGGCGGAGAUUCUACUUUGGUUGACACCAUUAAGAUGUUCUUGAAAUCUCCUGCAUUUCAUUGCAAUGGCAGGCCUUUUGCGCUUGGUAUUUUGUUUGUAUGUCUACUUACCAUUUUGAAUAAGAAAGAAGUUUGCUCUUCGAUUUCCUUCCUA